AUGCCUGUGGGAAACAGAAGCAAGAAGGCCAUUGCUCGAGCAGCUGCGGCGAAAACCGCCUUACCGCCUGUAGCUGAUAAUGCAACUCCAGAUAAGGAGAAAUCUAAUCCUAGUGAAGUAGAAUGCCUGGGACGCAGAAAAUAUGCUGAUGUUGUCGUCCAAACUUUUACUGGGGAUCAGUUGGCUAGUGUUUCACAGGAAAACGUUUUAACCAUUGAGCAACCGCAGGGGUGCUCUAUGCAACCAACUACUUCCGGUUCAUCAUUGUCGUCAAAAGCCAGCACUGAAUUAUCUGAAACGCAAAAAAUCCCUUUCUUUUCUGGAAAUCCAGACGUUGAAAAGACAACUGGGCUUCUUCAUCUUUAUAAGAAGAGGGACUUUAAGCCACUCGGUUUUUGUUCAUUUCAGUAUUAUAACGGUAGCCUCUUUAGCGAUAAUCCACAGACCAUGGAGUGUUCUAUGCUUUGUAUGAUUGGGGUGCCAUCUUUAGUGACGCUACAAGAACUCAUUAAGUUUGUAUCUCCUCAUUCCUCGACCAUUGACUGGAUGAAGAUAGUGCGCGACCAAAUGCCUAAUCAGUAUAUGGUCAUUAUAGGGUUCAAGUCGCACGAGAUUGCUGUACAGUUUUUCAAAGAUUAUAACGGAGCUCCCUUUAGUGCGAUUGAACCAGACAAGUGUUCUCUUGUCUUUGUCGAAAGGAUUGAAAUGGUUAAAGAAGGCGAUGGUGGUAGCUUGCCAAUGGAAUCUGUUACGGAAUUGCCUACUUGUGCUGUUUGUUUAGAGAGGAUGGAUGACGAUGUUUUAACAAUACUUUGUAACCACACCUUCCAUGCUCAGUGUCUUGAACAGUGGACCGAUACAACAUGCCCUGUUUGUCGUUACCAUCAGACUCCUGAACUUCAGUCUGAUCAAAAAUGUUUUGACUGUGGUAAAACUACAGAUUUGUGGAUAUGUCUUAUCUGUGGUAAUAUUGGUUGUGGUCGUUAUGCAGAUGCUCACGCUUACAGACACUUUGAGAUUACCUCACACACUUUUACGAUGCAAAUUGGUGGUGGCCGUGUGUGGGAUUAUGCAGGGGACAAUUAUGUUCACCGCUUGAUACAAAAUUCUACAGACGGUAAAAUGGUAGAAUUCCAGAAUGGAGCUACCAAUAAUGCCGAGGUACCGUCAGAGGAGAAGACUGAAGCUAUACAACUGGAGUAUACCUGUUUAUUGACCAGUCAGUUAGAAAACCAGCGAAAAUUUUUUGAAAAUAAGUUAAAAGAAGCGGAACAAAGGGCAGAAAAAUUCGAGGUCUUUGCAAAUGCACAGAUAGAAAGUCUUAAUGACCAAAUAAGUUUGCUUCAUAAAGAAAAUGACAAGAUGAAGCGCGAAUUGACUGAAUCUCUGCAAGCUAAACAGGCGGUUGAAAAGAAGUUACAGAAUUUGACAACCAAACAUAAUAAAAUCUUGUCAGAAUUAAGUGAGGAACGUACAAUGAACUCUCUUUUACGUGCUGAUCACGAGAAAUGGACCAGUAAAGUUGCGGAGUUGAAUGAAGAGAAUCGAACGCAACAAAGUCGAUAUAAUGCUGAAAUUACUGAUCUGAAGGAACAAGUGCGUGAUCUUAUGAUGCAUUUUGAAGCGCAAAACAAGUUUCAAGAGACUGUGAAAGCCGAGCAAGUUAGCGAAAAGGAACUUCGAGAAGGUGUUUUGACCGUUGAAAGUUCACCGUCUAAAACGAAACGGCGGAGCAAAAAAUCAUAA